CUUAGUUGUCUCCAUAACUUGUAAAUUUUAGAAACUUUUUUAAUUCUUUUAUUCAAGUUUUAAAAAUUGUAAAUUGGUUCAAAAAUGAAAUGGUGAUUUCCAAUAUGAUAUUUUGAUUUAAAAAAACAUAAAAAAGUGUAAUUAAUAGAUCACUCUAGAACGAAAUUUAAUAGACUUUGACCCUCACAUAAAAAAAAAUUGUUUUAAAUCACACAAUAAUUUUUUUUUGAAACGAUAAAUAUUUGCAUAUAAAACAUGACUUUAAACUCUUCGUCAUCGUCGCCAAUGAUAAGCAAUUAUGCACCCGUAAAUUACAGACAUCAAACAAAUGGAGAUGUCUUUGGAGGGCAAUAUCCCAUACAAACACCACAAGGUAUUAUACAUACCACGCAGCAAUCACAAUUAGCACCACCUCUGCCACCACGGCCCAAUUCUCUUUUCCAAACGUCAUCGUCAGCUUAUGGAUCACCUUAUGGAAAUAAUUUUGGAUAUGGAUCUUUUGGUAAUGGAUAUGGAUCUUUUGGAAUGGGAGGAUACAAUUCAUUUAAUUCAUUUGGAUAUGGUGGUGGUUUUGGGAGACCACAAUAUGGAGGAGGAAAUCCACUUGAUCCAGAAAUGAGAUUUAUUCAAAUGGCUGAAGAAAGUUCAAGGUCAACCUUUCAAAGUAUAGAAUCUGUUGUAUCCACCAUCGGAAACAUAGCAACUAUGCUCGAUUCAACAUAUUUUGCAUUAACAUCAUCAUUUCGUGCAAUACUUGGAUUAGCUGCUAAUUUUUCUCAUCUUCGAGGAUUUUUCGGUCGAUUUUUCUCAACUUUUGCAAUUUUCCGUUCGAUUAUAUGGAUCUACAAAAAAUUAUUAUACAUGAUUGGCUUAUCAAAAAUCAAUCCAUCAACACAAAUUAAUUUAAGUGAAGCUUUUAAAGACGCUGAAAAAGUCCAAUCAAAUGACUUCUUCAAUGCAUCACAACAAAAUAGUUCUGGUCUUGCCAUGGUUUUGUUCUUGACUUUCAUUUUUACUGCUCCUUAUCUAAUCAUGAAGCUUUUUGGGUCACUCAUGAAUUCGACUGAUGAUCAAUCUAAAAAUCCCGCUUCCUGGAUUAACCCAAUAGAAGCUGUUGUUCUUUAUAAUUUCAAUUCUGAUCAGCCAUCUGAAUUAUCAGUUAAAGCUGGUCAGAUUGUUCGAAUUGCUCCGAAAGAAGUACAACAACUUAAUCGGCUCCUUUCAACAAAUUGGCUCCUUGCGACUGUCGAUGGAAACAAUGUUGGUCUUGUUCCUGUUAACUAUAUAAAACGUAACGAUUUAAAUCAAGUUCCAACUAAUAAUGUUUUCAAUCGAGAUAUUACGUCAAUCCAAAAUCAAAUAAAUCAACAGCAAGAGCAAAGCACCCAAGAACUCCCACAAGAGCUACCAACAGCAAUAAAAGAUGAUAAAACUAUUAAGCCACCAGAAAGUACGGACAAAAUUGAAAAUAUUUGUUAAAAUAUUUAAAAGUGAAAAUCUACUAAUCAUUCCUUUAGUGAUAUUUGCGCUUAAAGUUAUUUUGUCGUCACA